GUCACAUAACUAUAUUAGCGGAACCAUUCCCAAAGCUUUUGGUCAGCUGAGCGUCUACUUUCUAUCCCUUUUGGGAAAUCGUCUCCAUGGGUUGAUUCCUGCGGAGCUAGCCAAUGUCACUACUCUUGAGGAGCUGUUGUUGGAAGAUAAUCUACUUGAAGGGCCUCUUCCUCAGAACUUCGGAAAUUUGAUUGGCUUGAGGAGAUUCAUCCUUUCGGCAAAUAAAUUCAAUGGAACAAUACCAGAAACAUUUGGCAACUUGAAGAAUCUAACGGAUUUUAGAAUAGAUGGGAAUGAAUUCUCUGGGAAGAUACCUGAUUUCAUUGGAAACUGGACAAAUAUUACAAGACUGGACUUGCAAGGAACAGGACUGGAGGGGCCCAUUCCAUCGAGCAUCUCCAGUUUAAAAAAUAUUACAGAACUGAGGAUAUCUGAUCUGAGUGGAGCAAAUUCAACCUUCCCUGAUUUAAAAGAUAUGCAGCUGCAUGUUCUGAUAUUGAAAAAUUGCUUGAUCAAAGGAGCAAUUCCAGAAUACCUAGGUGGAUUUAGCGAAUUAAAAAUCCUAGAUCUGAGUUUUAAUAGCUUGUCCGGCCAAAUACCAGAUUCAAUGGCGUCCUUAAACCUUUAUUUGAAAUUUAUGUUUCUGAGUCACAAUUCAUUGACUGGAGAGAUACCAAGUUGGAUUACUGGCAGCGAAGGAAAUUUUGAUCUAUCUUACAACAAUUUUACGCGGGCAGCUGAUUAUAACUGCCAGCCAUCUAAAGUGAAUCUUGCUUCUAGCAUGUCAUCUUCAGAAAGCAAUUCAGUUGCUUGGUGCUUGAAGAAAGAUCUCCCCUGCUCCCGAAAAAGUAAACAUCACUCACUUUUUAUCAAUUGUGGAGGAACCACAACGGACUGGGGAGGACACGAGUAUGAAGAGGACUUAGUUCCAGAAGGUCCAUCAUACUUUUCUUAUUAUUCUUCGGAGAAAUGGGCAUAUAGCAGUACAGGAGUGUUUUUGAACAAUGACAGAGGCAAUUUUCUUGCAAUGAACAACAACAUGAGUGAAGAAAUUUAUAAAACAGCACGCCUCGCCCCUUCUUCACUCAAGUACUAUGGACUUUGCUUGCGAAGUGGUAGUUACAAAGUUCGCCUCCACUUUGCUGAAAUACAGUAUUCUGAUGACAUGACAUAUAACAGCAUUGGAAGGCGCAUUUUUGAUGUAUCCAUCCAAGGAAAACUUAUACGGAAGAACUUUAACAUUGCUGAAGAAGCCAAAGGAUUCGGAAAGGCAAUCACCUUGGAUAAUGAUGUUACCGUCGUUAAUGGUACUCUGGAGAUCCAUCUGUACUGGGCAGGGAAGGGAACUACCCUAGUUCCUGACAGAGGUGUAUAUGGACCUCUUAUAUCAGCAAUCACUGUAACUCCAAACUUUCAUGUUGAAACUGGUGAUUUCUCUACUGAAACUAUAGUUGGCAUUGUGGUUGGGGCAUUUGUCAUUGUGAUCUUGAUUCUUUUAGUACUCUGGAAAACGAGGUGCCUAGGAAAAAAAGACGUCGAAGAUAAAGAACUCCGACAAGCUAUAGAGUCACGAACUGCUUACUUUAGCCUGAGACAGAUCAAAGCUGCGACCAACGACUUUGAUUGUGCUAAUAAGAUUGGUGAAGGUGGAUUCGGGCCAGUUUACAAGGGAGUCCUACCAGAUGAUGCAGAAAUAGCUGUUAAGCAGCUAUCACCCAAAUCAAAACAAGGAACCCGUGAAUUCAUCAACGAAUUAGGCAUGAUAGUGGCUGUGCAACACCCGAACCUUGUGAAGCUUGUCGGCUGUUGUAUAGAAGGAGACCAGUUGUUGCUCGUAUAUGAGCACAUGGAGAACAAUAGUCUUGCUAGAGCACUUUUCGGUCGCGAGGAACAGCUCUUGAACCUGGAUUGGCCGUCUAGGAAGAAAAUAUUCUUACAGAUAGCGAGAGGCCUGACUUAUCUUCACGAAGAAUCAAGGCUGAAAAUUGUACACAGAGACAUUAAGGCUACUAAUGUGCUGCUUGACAGAGAUCUUAAUGCAAAGAUAGGCGAUUUUGGUUUGGCUAAGCUGGAUUCAGAAGAAAAGACCCAUAUCAGCACACGAAUUGCUGGAACAAUAGGCUAUAUGGCUCCUGAAUACGCAAUGAGGGGCUACCUGACUGACAAAGCAGAUGUGUACAGCUUCGGAAUUGUUGCACUGGAGAUUGUCAGUGGGAAAAGCAACAACAAUUUCAGACCAAUAGAGGAGUUCAUGAAUCUUCUUGAUUGGGCCUAUGUCCUUCAGGAGCAGGGAAAUCUUUUGGACCUCGUAGACCCGAUUCUUGGCUCAAACUACUCCAAGAAAGAGGCGCUAAGGAUGUUAAACUUAGCACUAAUGUGCACGAAUCCAUCGCCUACUCUGAGGCCAUCAAUGUCUACUGUCAUUAGUAAAUUUCAAGGCAAAAAGAGAAUCCGAGCACCCAUAGUCAAUCGAGCAACAGAGCAUGCUAUGAGUUUCAAGUCAUUUGAUAACAUUUCACUGGACAGUCGAACACAGUCAUCCUCUGAAGAAAGCCGCGAAGAAAGGACCCUUUCGAUCAGUGAUUCAUGCCGUGCUUAUUCAAUGUCUGCCAGAAGCAACCAUGCUGAUAUGGACAAUUAUACUCCAGAAACCAAGAUUCUCCAAUCUGCAUGAUCUGUAUAGACAAAUUUCUUACUUCAUUGAUCGGAUUUUCUAGUAUGUGCCCAGAGGCGGAUCUUAGAAGGGGCAAGAGGGGGCAACUGACCCCCUUAAUUUUUUUUUUAUUAAUAUUAUACAUAUUUUUAGGUUGUAAAAUUGAAAUUGACCCCCCUUAAUUUUUU